AUGGUUCAUCUCAAACUGUUCGGGCGCGGCAGACCGCUGCAGAUAGCAAUCAUGGUUACUUGCCAGCUUGCGUUCAUCCUGUUCGGCUACGAUCAAGGAGUCUUCUCUGGCAUUGUUGGAAAUGCAGAUUGGCGCGAGACUUUCGGCUACCCUGGCAGUUCACUCGAAGGCAUCAUCGUUUCAAUAUACAAUCUUGGAGCCUUCAGUGGAUGUAUCGUGGCCUUCUUCGUUGGCGAGAAGCUCGGGAGGCGAAAGAGCAUGUGGCUAGCGAUGAUAUUCAUCAUCAUUGGUGCUAUCCUGCAAACAACGUCCUACGGCGUCCCACAAAUUCUAGUCGCUCGUUACAUCACUGGAAUCGGAACGGGCAUCGAGACUAGCACUGUCCCCAUGUACCAGAGCGAAUUGGUCGAAGCACACAAGCGCGGUCGCGUCGUCAGUUCCGAACCUCUUUUCGUCGGUGUCGGUAUCGUCAUCGCCUACUUCUUCGACUAUGGCAUUUCAUUCGCGAGCACAGGGCCGCUCGCAUGGCGCCUGCCAAUCGCUUGCCAGAUUCUAUUUGCCAUCGUCGUCGUUAUCAUGGUCUGCGGCGUUCCUGAGUCACCCAGAUACCUUUACGCCAAGGGUCGCAAUGACGAGGCUAUGCAAGUCCUAUGCGAUGUGUACAACGGCACACCAGACGACCCAAAGAUUGCACGUGAGCAGAAAGAUAUCCUCGAUGCGCUGAGACUCGAACGUAUGCACGGCGAGUACAAAUGGAGCCAGAUCUUCAAGCGAGAUGAGGUGCAGACUGGUAGACGUGUUCUCCUUGCCUAUGGCAUGCAGUUCAUGAACCAGAUCGGAGGUAUCAAUCUGGUUGUUUACUAUGUCCCAACCGCACUACAGCUUAAUGUCGGUCUCACUCGCAACUUGUCUCUUCUUAUCGGUGGUUUCGUACAAACAAUGUUCUUCUUCGGCUCCUUGGUCCCAACAUUCCUCCUCGACAGGAUGGGACGCAGACGUCCUAUGAUGUGGGGAUCCUUCGGUCUUGCCAUUUCCAUGAUGCUGAUCUCAGUUCUGCUGAGUUUCACCGAAGCUCGUGGAUACACGCAAAAACUCAACAAGGCCACUUCUAGUGCAAGUGUUGCAUUCUUCUUCACAUACAUGUUCAUCUUCGGAGCAUCGGCAAACUGUAUUCCAUGGGUAUACGUGCCGGAGAUCCUUCCUCUGCACGCCAGAGCAAAGGGCACAGCCAUCGGAAUUUCGUCGAACUGGCUUUGGAACUUUGUAGUCGUCAUGAUCACACCGACCCUCAUCAACAAACUCCAAUGGCAAGCCUACCUCAUUUUCAUGUGCACAAACCUUGCCUUUGUGCCUCUAGUCUAUUUCUGCUAUCCAGAAACCAGCAACCUCACACUCGAGGAAGUCGAUUACCUCUUCAUUUCUCUCAGUGGAGAUGUUGAGCAUGGUGCUGAGAAGAUGAGUGAAGAGAAGAGGGGCAGUGAGGGUGGUGCUGCGUUUGUGGAGGACGUGAAUAAGGUUGAGAAGUGA